AGGUUUAUCCAGUACCUGGCAUCCAGAACAGCACUGUUCAACCUCAGCAACUUUAUCGACAAAACUGGCUCUCAUGGAUAUGAUAUGUCUACCUUCAUCAGACGAUACGGCCGCUACCUGAAUGAGAAAGCCUUCGCCUAUCGCCAGAUGGCUUUCGACUUCACCAAGGUCAAGAAAGGCGCUGACGGGGUGAUGAGGACCAUGACUCCUGAGAAACUCCUGAAGGGCAUGCCCAUUCUGCAGGCCCAGAUCGACACGCUGCUGGAGUUUGAUGUCCAUCCCAAGGAGCUUAACAACGGCAUCAUCAACGCAGCGUUCCUGCUGCUCUUCAAGGACCUUGUGAAGCUCUUUGCCUCCUACAACGACGGUGUCAUCAAUCUGCUGGAGAAGUACUUCAAAAUGAAGAAGAGUGACUGCAAGGAGGCUCUGGAGAUCUACAAGAGGUUCCUGACCAGAGUGACCAAGAUCGGAGAGUUCCUGAAGCUCGCUGAGACUGUUGGAGUUGAGAAAAAUGACAUUCCUGACAUCAACUAUGCUCCCAGCAGCAUCCUGGACUCUCUGGAGACACAUAUGAACAGCCUGGAGGACCAGAAGGGAGGAAAGAAGGGGUCUCCUACAAAGGGAUCUCCCACCAACAAUGUGUCCCCCACCUCCACGCCCGCCAAGUCAGCCGCUGUCCCGACUCUCGAGCCCCCGCCCACUGAGUCGGAUUCCCUGUUGGACUUGGAUCCUCUCUCCUCCUCAGGACCGUGUGUCGGGGCAUCAGCAGCCCCCACAUCCUGGGGAGACCUCCUUGGGUCAGAGAUGGCCGAGUCCCUGCUUCCAGCCCCAACCCUUGCUGUAGACUCCACCCCCUCUCCCGCUGCGGUAACUCCCUCUGCUGCCGUGGAGACAGCUCUGGCUCCUCCCCCUAGCGUCGUCGCCAGUAUGGACCUGCUGGGAGAUGCAUUUGCUACCCCUGCUGCUCCUAGCGAUGCCCCUGCUGCAGCCGAGGGCGGGGCUACGGAAGCCACACCCACCCCAGCAGCAGACACUGGAGCCGACCCCUUUGGCUCUGGUGAUGCUAGCUCAAACUCAGGCACCUCGUCUGGGAUGGACUUGUUUGCGAUGAUGCCUACGGAGAACAAUGUUGGAGGAGCGGGUUUCAAGCCCUGCUUCACCUCAGCUGCCGGCCCUCCUGUUCCACCUCCACCUCUCAUUAACUCCACCCCUAGCAUCCGCAUCCCCACCCCAUCGAAAAACCUCUUCAGUGAUUUCUUUGAUUCCAUGCAAGAACCAAGUUUCUCCAAAGUUGAUCCCACUCCCAGUGUUGAUUUGUUUGCAGCAGCAGAUGGCUUCUCCUCCACCCCCCUCCUCUCAUCCGCCCCCCUCCUCUCAUCCGCCCCCCUCCUCUCAUCCGCCCCCCUCCUGUCAUCUGCCCCUCCACCCAAACCGGACUCUUCAAACAUCAUGGACCUGUUUGGGGGUCCCUCGCCCCCCCCCUCGCUCUUCCCUGAGGAGGGGGUGGGAGGGUUCUCAUUAGAUGGGGUCAUUUUUGAGUCCACUGGAGGCGAGCCCCAGCCAGCAGCCCCUGGAGCAGAGCUAAUGUCAGUGUUUGAUGGGCUAGGUGAUGUGAUGAAGCCUGCUGUGACGCCACAGGGCUCCUCCACCAUGGGAGCCUCUUCUCCCAGCAAGCCCAUGGGAGACCUGGACUCCACCAUGGCUAACCUGGCUGGCAAUCUGGGAAUGGGCCCUGCAGCCCCCCCUCAGAACGUCCCCAUGGGAAUGCCUCCUUAUAUGGGCUCUUUCCCUAACCCUGGACUCUGCAUGUCUGGGGCCCCCGGGGUUGGAGCGCCCAUGAUGCCGAUCGUCAGGCCAGGCUUCCCUCCAGCCGGGGCCUCCGGAGCCCCGAUGUCUCCAGGCAUGACUCAGAGCCCCCGCAGGCCUCCACCCCCGAAGAAUGCCCUGGAUGAUCUCAACAUCAAAGACUUCAUGUAGACCUCCCCCAGCAGUUGUCGUUGUGGAUGUGGAUGUGCGCCCUCGUUACCCCACCUCCCUCGUCAUAUCCCAGCCAAUCAGCCAUCAGCACUACUCGGCUCCUCCCUUCUUAAACUCUGCCCUUUCCGUCUAAUGUUGUAGCACAAAUUGUGAUUGUGAACUCAUAGAUACAGAAAUCAAAAACAGUGUAUGUGCGUGAGUGUGUUCUUCAAUGUUAUCCUUGACUUAAACUAAGAGAAAAAAGAACCAUAAAAAACAAGUGUAUUUAGAUUUAUUCUGGAUUUUCUGCUCAUCAGCUGACUUGGAAUGGUGGAUAUGUGUUUUCCCAGGCGAGGACUGUGUUGUUUAUUGUGGACUGUUUUUGAUGUGUGGCCAAUCCCUGCCCUUUCACUCCCUGUUGUCCAGUCAAUACUGAGCUGUGUUUAUUACAUCCCUCCAUGCUUGGUUCUCUCCCUCCAUCCUACCAGCCAGACUCUCUGACAACAGUUACAGGCCUAUAUAGGCCUGCAAUUUUCACCACAAACUUUGUUUUUCGUAGAGACAAAUCAUGUCAACUCAUGCUUUCUGUUGAUCUUAUUUUUGUUUUAUAUUUUGUCCCUUUGAAGGAUUGUGAUUUACAUGCAAAACUUUUUGACUAUGUUCGAAUUGACAUAUACAUUUCAGAUCAUUUUAAAGAUAGAUUUCACCUAUAUUUAUUUAAUAUUUAUUUUGAAAGAAAUUGUAUCAUAUAUUUUUGUCAUGUUUAUGAAUCCCAUGGUGGAAAAAAAAGCAAAAAGUCCCUUUCCCUCUUGUACAUAAUCUCAUCUGUAUUCAGAGGCAAGUUUGAAGGCAAACUCAGCCCCAAGUAUUCCCUAUUGCUCUCCUUGGUGGUGUGGAGUGGUACUGCAUCUUAGCAUGUCAAUCCAGGUUGACCUGGGCUGUGUUCCAAUACUCCACCUUUCUUUGUCUCCUUUUCUUGUCUCCUCUCCAAUUCGAACAACAAAUUAGGUACCUACAAAAAAGUCAGCUAGCAUAAACCUCCACAUCUUGCUUGCUGAUCAGGGGUUGCAGAGAGAAGGGUACAAGGAGAGGUGGUGUGUUAAGAGAUGGGCCCCCUGGCCCAUGUGUUUGUGGAGCAGAUCAGUGUGGUUGUACAGUCUCCAAUGGUGGUGCUAAAGAAGUCUUUCACUGUAAAGCACUCAGAUAUACACUGGAUGUUUGUGUUUUUUUCUCCAAAAGUGAUUACUGUAUCUUAAUCUGUUGUGAAAAAAAGACUAAUAAAACGAGAAUGUGAUGA